UGGUCUUAUCGUCCCUGAGAAGGACAGCAAUGAAACGGUACCAGAAGUUGUGGCUACUUCUGGAUAUGCUCUUCUGCAUUUCUUCAGCGACGCUGCCUAUAACUUAACAGGGUUUAACAUCACCUACAAUUUCGACAUGUGUCCCAACAACUGCUCCGGCCGAGGAGAGUGCAGGAUCAACAACAGCAGCAACGCUCUCGAGUGUGAAUGUGCCAAAUACUGGAAGGGAGAAGCCUGUGAUAUCCCCUACUGCUCAGAUGAGUGUGGGGUGCCCGAGAGGGGACAUUGCGACUUGAAUGAGACCAAGGCGUGUUUGUGCUCUGUGGGCUGGCAAGGUCCUGGCUGUUCAAUUCCUGUUCCUGCAAACCAGUCCUUUUGGACUCGGGAGGAAUACUCGCUUCCAAAACUUCCUCGAGCAUCUCACAAAACCGUCAUCCAUGACAACAAAAUGUGGAUCGUUGGAGGCUACGUCUUCAACCACUCUGACUCGCAGAAGGUUUUAGCGUAUGAUCUGAUUUCUGAAGAGUGGCUUCCACUGAACCACACUGUGAACUCCGUAGAGAUGAGAUACGGCCAUUCCUUGGCGCUGCAUAACGAUAAUAUUUACAUGUAUGGUGGGAAAAUAGACGCGACGGGGAACGUGAGCAGCCAGCUGUGGGUGUUCCACAUUCCCAGCCAGACCUGGACGCAGGUGAUGCUGCAGGCCAAGGAGCAGUACGCUGUGGUUGGCCACUCGGCGCACAUCGUCACCCUGCGGGACAACAGCACGGUCAUGCUCGUCAUCUUCGGGCACUGCCCUCUUUACGGGUACAUCAGCAACGUCCAGGAGUACAACAUUGGCAAAAACACGUGGAGCAUUUUGCAGACCAGCGGAGCCUUGGUGCAGGGAGGGUACGGUCACAGCAGCGUUUACGACCCGAAAACAAGAUCGAUUUACAUCCACGGAGGUUACAAAGCGUUCAGCGCCAACAAAUACAGGCUGGCAGAUGACUUGUACAAAUAUGAAGUUGAUUCCCGAAUGUG